AUGAAGAAGAGUGACGUUCGGUUUGGGAACAAGGAAGGAGGGGGGACGAACUUUGGGUCUGAGGAGAGGUUUGCCUGGCAGAAGUGCAAGUACGCCUCAGAUGCCAUGUACACGAUACCGGAUGUCAAGGCUCCACCUUUCAGCUUUGGGACAAGCACCCGGGCCGACUGGAAAAAGAUCAUGGAGAACACCAAAGACCUCUACAAUCCAAACUCCGGCCCGGCGAACUAUAAAACGGGGAACGAGUACGAGCUUCUGUCGGAGUCUCCCAGCAGAAGAGAUAUUACGUUCGGCACGGCGGCGAGAGAAAGCAUGCACUUGAUGACAGCCUCACCAGGAGUCCUCUACAACGUUGAUGGAGUGUUCCGAAACGGCCCGGUGAAGGGCAAGAUUCUUCCAGGAUUCAACCUUGACAAGCGGAAGCCGCUAGCGGAAAACACGAAGUCCUCGACGGGCGCCAUGUACUCGCCCAAGCUCGCGAGCAAGGGCGGGGCUGUUUGGUUCGGCGAAAAGGAGCAGGAGAGAUUUCAGGGGACGAUAGAAGGGAUCGGGCGACGAUCACCGGGACCAGUUUAUGACGUUGCGAAGUAUGGAGGCCCAACAGGCCCCAAGUUUUCGUUCGGGGCGUCGCGGACGGAUCGUUGGGGCAACAUGCGGAUGCCAACCAUUGCGUAGCAUCAAGGAUGCGUG